UACAACAGUAAACAUCGAAUUCUUGUCACUCCGUAAAGUAUAUCAUAUUAAAAAUAAAUAACGAUUGCGUGUGGUUAUAUCACAGUUUUCACACAGUGUACAUUAGUGCAGCGAAGAGAUCUACUAAAUUAGUUGCACAUAUUUCCCCGAAAUAACCGAAAUAAAAGAAGAUUUGUAACAACAACAUUGGGAGAUGGCAGCAAUAUUCCCAGUACUGGAUAGAUAUUCGUGUAUAGCUACAAAGUGGACUCGCCACAUGGGGUUCUGUAUCACCUACACCGCUCUACUCAUGAAAACUUGGAGGGUAUCCCUGACAUAUCGUGUGAAAUCAGCCCACAAGUUGAAGCUGACAGACAAGCAGUUAUUGCAAUGGAUGGCACCAAUACUGCUGAUCAUGUUGGUUUAUCUCGGAACAUGGACCCUGUCUGCGCCUCCUGAUGCUGAAGUGAUAACAGACAAUAAAGGUUUAAAAUUUAAACAAUGUUCUUACAAUUGGUGGGACCACAGCUUAGCUAUAGGAGAAAUAUUAUUUCUGCUGUGGGGUGUCCGAGUCUGCUACAGAGUUCGUCACGCUGAGAGUCUCUACAAUGAAGCGAAGCUCAUAUCAUUUGCAAUUUACAAUAUCUUCACUGUUAAUUCAUUGAUGAUUGCAUUUCAUUUACUUAUUUUGCCUCGGGCUGGUCCAGACAUUAAAUAUCUUCUCGGGUUUAUAAGGACGCAGUUAUCAACAUCAACAACUGUACUCUUGGUAUUUCUUCCAAAGGUGUUACGCGUAGUACGGGGUACAGGAGACACCUGGGACAGCAGAGCGCGUGCCAGAGGAGUGACAGCUUCAUCGUCCUUGAAUGGCAUCGGCCUUGUGCCAGAUGACCCGCCUGAUCUUUUCCAAGAAAACGAACAACUAAAGGAGGAAGUUCAAAAGCUAGCUGCACAGAUUGAAUUCAUGAAAAUAGUGCAGAUGGAAAUGAACAACCGGCACCUGCGACCGAAGCCUGGUGGAUACUUUUCGGCAAACACAGCGAUUCCUCAAAGUCCAAUGCAUUCUAAGACUGUUAAUAUUUCACAAGAGAACACGGAUUGGGUUGGACCCGUUUGACUGGUAGCCAUCAGUGACGGCGGGUGGUCGUGGCCAGGUCCCGCUUCGCGACGGGUCCUCACAACUAUAGAUAUGAGACCUCCUGCUUUUGUAUAAAUUUAUGUAUUUUUUAAAAACCAUCAGGGAUAAUAAGAAACCUAUAUGAAAUUAAUGAAACUCCAUACUGUCACUGACACUGUCUCGUCAACUUAUAGCGCAAGUAUAGUUGAAUUUAAAGUUUGAAUUUGGGUGGUGUAAAGACCGUUGACUUUCAUCUGGUAGGUACGUGUACGUUUAUUUGACGCCGAUGAAGGAAAACUUUGUGAGAAAAUCUACACACACCUAGGAAGAACUUUAAUAUUUGUAUAGAAAGUUCACCAACACGUACUGGGCCCGCAUGGUCGACUAAAAGCUACAGGCUGAAAAAGAGCUUGAACCCAAGGCCGUCUUGAUGAGGGCACAGUAGAUGUCAAACUGCGGAAUAUAAUAUGGCCCGAGACUAUCCAUAUCUAACGUUAUAAUUUUAUUAUAUAUGAUCAUACAAAUUAUUACGUAUGUCAGUAUCGAAAUUAUACAUUUUUAAUAAUAUCCAGAGAACACGCAUAAUCUAUAUAUAAUACAUCAAUAAUUGUUGGAAAGUUCACUGGUGAAAGUGUGAGUUUUAAGAUUUAUUAAUAUUUAUCAUAAUACUAUUUGUUUCCUAUAAGUACAUUAGUAAAUAAAUAAAUAUAUAAUACAUCACAGCAAUGGCAGCGCAAAGAGAUUAAAUGUCUUUGGGAAAAUAAAGAUAGUAAGUCCACUACCAAGUUACUAAAAGUAAAAAGAUUGCUGUAUAAUUUCGAUACCUAUAUACUAUAAUAAUAAUAUGAAUUUGCAUGCAUAGCCGGCGAAUAUAACCGAGUUUAAUUUUACACUUACACUUAGAGUAUGCAUGCAGUUUUGGGACAACCAUUCAGAUUUAUUUGAUACACUUGGAGUUGGAGCUAUCUACUUGAUUGUGUGUGUAUGACACUUAUUUAAACUACUGUGAGCGGUACACUAACUACGGGCGACGAAUUCUAUACAACGGAAGAAGAAAGAUUGCACGGACUGGUUUAAACACUGUUAAAGAUGCAUAAGAUAAAGCCUGUCGGUUACGCAUGCAACACUUCAACUGCAUAGCAUUGAAAGUUUAUAAAAGAUCAUGCAAAAUUUAAAUGUAUAGGUAUAGCAUUGUUAGGAUAUUUAGGGUUUUAAUUUGAUAUUUACCAAUAAUCAUUAAUGUAGGUAAAUAAAUGUGGUAGGUAGGCAAGAAAUUUGUUGGUUUGUGAAAUACAGAAAAAUGUUAUACCUACUUUUGAAUAAAGAUAAUAUUAAUUAUUAUUGACAAAGCUAUGACGUAAUCUCAGACGUAAUAUAUCUAGUAUGCUGCCAGUUACGAAUAGUGAAUAGAAAUAAUUGAUGUGUAUUAACCAUGUAAAAUAGGCAGUAGAUUAGUUUGUUUAGGUAAAGAAAAUUUGAUCUAGUCAUUUUUAGUCCAUUUUUUAGCCUUGUGUACCAGGUUUAUUCUUCAUUAAGCAUAAUAAUUAUUAAUUAUUAAUAGUUACCUUAUACCUACCUACACAAUAAGACUUAGGUGUCAAAGUAACUACCUACAUGAAUACAUAUUAUUAUUAAAUGAGAAACCAUUUUUUACAUAUUUGUUUAUGUCUUAAGGUUUAGGUAAGUACCUAAGGUACUUGUUAUAAUACAAUUUAUAAAUUACAAGAUCAGCGAGACAAUUGUGGGUCCGUUAUACAAAUUAAAUCUAAAUCCACAGAGACAUUUAUAACACUUACAUACAUAAUUUAGAAUUUUAAGAUAUCAAUUAUUCAGUACCUACCUACUAGGUUUCGCCUGCUAUGUCUCCAUAAUAUUCAAAGAUACCUAUUUAUUUUUUACCCGAGGACACAGUGCUACUUGGGUAGGUAUGUUAAUAACAAAAAAAAAUCAAUGAGUUUACCUAUGGCAGUUCAUGGCAAAACAAUGUCUACCUACUGGCAAAAGAACUGCAAAGAAAAACCCAGCACAUCACAAAUUUAUUUUACAGGUUAGAAUUACAAUAAGUACCUAUGUCAGUUUUUGUUGAUUGACUAUGUUGGGCUGAGGAGUAAAUAAGUAGGUAUAUCUACUAUAAAUAUAGAUAGGUCUUACUCUAUCGCAUUCUUUAUGUACCUAUAUUUGACCAGACAACUUAAAUUAAAUGAAAUUCAGAGAGACAAAAUAUACUACUUACUGUAUUUGAAAUGAUGUAAAUAUUCUCAAAGAAGUUAAGUUGGAUGGUGCGCAAGUCAUGGGAGAAAAUUUUUGAGUAUUGGAGGGAACCUGUUGCAAUAGCUGUCUUCGCACAGGCAUCUGCAUUUUCGUUACCAAGAAUGCCUGAAUGACCUGGAAUCCAUGCUAAAACGAUGUUAAUAUUGAGGUCAUAGCAUUCUUUCAAAGAUUCCCUUAUUUUAAAUAUAAUUGGAAAAUGACUUUUAGACCUAAAUGGAUUUGACAGUAUUGAUUGAAGGCAACUUUUGGAGUCUGAAAGAAUAAUAGAAUUGUUCAUGCCAUGAGCCUUAACAAAUAAAAUUGCUUCAAGAAUGGCAAUUGAUUCCCCAGUGAAAACAGAAGUGAUAGAUGGGCAGCUGUAACUGAGUAUAAUUCUUGUUGAA